AUCACAUGCAAACGGUGAAGAAAUUAGAGACUAGAUAGUAGCAUUAGUGUAUAAUAGACAAGAUUUUGCCCAUGUUUGAUUGGCAUUAAAGUCAAAGUCAACUAUUAAUUUUAAUCACGUAUUGUAUGAGACCCACAACUUAUUAAUUACACAUUUCAUCAACUUUUAUCAAAAUUUAUUAAAAAUUAAUUUUAAUCUCCACCAAACUAGGGUUUUAAUUUCAUUGUCUUCGGUAAUCUUUUUCAAUAGAAUUCUGUCCUAUGAAACAAACAAGCCAAGACAAGUUCACGCGAAACAAAAACCUUUCUUGCUUUUUCCUUCGUUCUAUGUAUGUCUGAUCAAACCCUUUCUCCAUGCCAAGUCAACCAAUUCUCUUAAACUCUCCACCAAAUGGUAGAUGAUGAAGACUCCGGCCUUGUAAUUAAACUCAUCAUUUGCCUAGUAGCAGCCGCUUCUGCCACCGUGCUCGUCACCAUAUACCAUUGCAUCACAGCCGGGAACAUGAACAUCCAUGUCUUACUGCGCUUCCACCGAAACCCACCUCCGCGAACAACGUUCGUCUCCACCAACGAACAGCCCGACCCGCAAUUGAGUAUAGAGACAUCAGUGGCCGAACUCCUUCCGGCACACAAAUUUCAGAAGGAUACUGGCUUGAUCAGAGUGGACGAUAAUACGUGUGCAGUUUGCUUGUCGGAGUUUGAAGAAGAUGAAGAAUUGCGUACACUACCGGAGUGCAUGCACUCGUUCCAUAUACAGUGUAUCGAUAUGUGGCUUUAUUCGCAUUCGAAUUGCCCCAUGUGUCGCACCAUUGUUGUGCCUUCUCCUUCAAUGCUUUCGCAGUUGCUGGAUUCAAAUUCGGGGACGGAGAGCUCCCAGUUGUAA